UUGGCCAUACUACAUUCUUACGCGUGUGGUGACAGAUCAAUAUGCGAUUCCUUGUUGUAUUAGCAAUCGUCUCCCUUGCGGUGGCCAAGCCCGCCCCUGGCAUAGUAUCACCAUGGGGAGCGCCUGCCUACUCCUCCGUGGGAGUAUACCAUCAGCCGGCAGUCGCCGUGGCCCAGCCCGUGGUGCAUGCGGCACCCGUGGCCGUCGCCAGACCGAUCGCCGCCGCUACUAGCUAUGCCUCGUUCCAACAGGUCGUCAAUCCAGUGCAUGUAGCCCAACCAGUGGUCCAAGCAGUAGCACAUGCGCCAGUGGUCCACGCAGCCCCAGUGGUCCAACAAGUUUACCAUUCUUCCCCAGUGGUACAGACAUACGCGCAGCCUGUGGUCUCAGCCUACGGUCAUGGGUGGUAAACAGUAUACCCGACAACAUGACACUUGAAUUCAACGAUGUUAUUAUGAUUAAAGGUUUUAAGUUAAGUUGGUAGAAAGUACAGUGAGCAGUUAGGUCAAGUCCGUUUUGUCACCGGUUAUAAUAAAUUAUUUA